AUGAUUAAAGUUCAUAGUCCGAAUACUCUUGGAACAGUUGAUAUUCAGUCAGCUAAUCCAUUAGAUAUGCCACUUAUUCAAAUGCAUCGUUUUGCCGACGGCUCGGAUGAACUUGACAGGGUAGUGCAAAACGUAAGAUUUAUACGUAAGCUUCUUCUUAAAAGCGGAACAAAAUUCGCCAAUUAUGUCGUGAGUGAAGACUUGCCCGGAGCAAAUGUUACAACAGAUGCUGAUAUUAAAAAAUUUAUUAAACAGUAUGUUUGGGGUCAUCAUGUUUGCUGUACAUCACAAAUGGGUAAAGCGAACAAUAAAAAAGCUGUAACAAACUCCAAAGGUCAAGUAUUUGGUGUUUCCCAUCUUCGGAUAUGUGAUAUAUCAAUAUUUCCAAAAGAUCCGGGAUAUUUUCCAUUCUUGCCUAUUUAUAUUGCCUCUGAAAAAAUUGCGGCUGAAAUAACAAAGAAAUGGAAAAAGUAA